AUGACAGCAACCUUCCACAGCGCCGUGCUCGGCCAGCCCGAGAUUGCAUCGACAGUGUUUGGCUUGCAGGGCGGCGUCUACGAGGACGUGCGUCAAGCCUUGUCUGCUUGCAACGAGCUUAUCGAGUUUGACGUUGCGCGACGCUGGUACGAGUGCGACGUGUCGUUUUGCAAGGCCUUUGCGCCGAACGUCGUGUGGCCCCCAGAUCGUCACGGCUUCCUCUUUGAUACCUACGCUCUCCGCGGGCGCCAACGCGACGCGCGCCUCCCGCUGCAUCUGGCCAUUGACCAAGGCUUGGUGCAGCUGACCAUGCGCAUGCUACACUGCCGCCCCGACCUCGCUUCGGAGGACGCCAUUGUCUUGGCCUUUGUCAAGGACCGUCUCGAGAUUGCCGCAUCCUUGCUAGAGCUGCGUGUGCACGUCCGAGGGCUCUAUCGACGCGGCAUUCGUCAGCGUUCUCCAGGUUCCGUGUGGCGCGAGCUCUUUAGCUGCUAUCUGCGCCGUGUGCUGGCACGACCCGACGCAACGGUGCUGGUUUUGCUGCAGCGUUUUGGCCUGCGCCCUGAAGACUUUGACGCGUACGACCGUCGCCGCGCCAUGCGCUGCGCGACGCUUGCAAACGCAACGCUCGUACUCGACCUCUUUCCAUGGCUUUUGCCGCUCGUGCGCUCGCUGCACGACUUCGGUGUUGAGUGCUCGACGUCGGCCAUGGACGACGCAGCUACGAACGGCCAUUUGGAGGUCGUCACUUUUCUGCACUGGAACCGGACGGAAGGCGGCACUGCCUUUGCCUUGGACGGAGCGGCGGCCAAUGGCCACCUUGACGUCAUCGAGUUUCUUCACUUGAACCGACGCGAGGGAUGCACCACAAGAGCCUUGGACGAGGCUGCCGCCAACGGUCAUUUGGCCGUCGUCCAGUUUCUCCAUUUCAACCGGACGGAAGGCUGCACGCACCAGGCGCUCGAUGAGGCGAUUAGUCGUGGCCACCUCGAUGUAGUCCGCUUCCUCAUCGAGCACCGUGCCGAAGGCGCCUCGUUCAACAUGCUCGACCGUGCUGCCACCUACGGACGCCUCGAGAUCGUGGAGUACCUCGAUUCUCUUGGCUCGGCGGCUUGUACUGUCGCCGCCGUCGACAACGCCGCCUUGUAUGGCCAUCUCCACGCUGUCAAGUACCUAUUGGCAAACCGAGCCGAAGGUGGCUCCCGCCAUGCUGUUGAGAGCGCCCUCGACCUCGGACAUGUGCAGAUUGCCGAGUACCUCGUCUCGCGCGGCUACCCAAGCCCGACAACCUCGGAGGGACUGUGGAAUCAGCCAACCUUUCAGAAGCCACAAAUGGUUGACGUCCUUCGAGCCUCUGCGCUCAACAACGUGCCGCUGGUUGCGUUCCUCCACGACGACCCCAGCACGUGCUGUGCCGCCGCAUUUGAAUCGGCGGUCAAGAACCGGGCGUGGGACGUUGUGCACUUUCUUUCGGCCCACUGCACGGCCGACGUGUCGGUCGAUGCGCUCGAGCAGGUGCUACGCGGUGGUCGCCUCGAGGACGUGACGCAAAUUCUGCAGCGCCAGCCACAGCUCCGAUGCGACGAGCUUCUUUUCGUAGCGUCGAGUAGCCACAACACCAAGGCGAUGUGCUUCCUCGUCGCUGCGAAUAUUGGCAAGCCGCGCAAGUGCCUCUUCGAAAUUGCAGGUCGUCGCCAGUUCGUGACGGAGAGCAAAUUCUUGCUGCCGUACUGCAUGGACCCGACCAACCGUCUCGACAACAUUUGCUUUCUUCUGGACCUUGUCGCGUUGCCCGAUCGCCGCCGAGCGACGACACUCCAUGUCAUCACGCCCGAGAUUGUGGAGCAAGGCAGAAUGGCCAGUCGAAGCAUUCAGCUAGCCCCCAAUGUGACGGUGCGUGCGUCGACGGUGCGGAAGGCUGGUGGCGUUGUCGACUGGGCGCUGGCGCUUGUCAUUUGUCAUCUUUGGGCAGCCGACAGGACUACCACACUCGGGCAACUCGAGAAGAAGACUGCGAUGGUCCAGGACGCCGAGCUUCAGACGCAGCUUCAUCGCCUUCUCGCCAGCAAGCGCAAGCGCGCGGCACGCAAAACGUAA